AUGGAAGCUGAGGGAGAUGAAGGCUCUCAACAUACUCAAAUUCCAUCCACUUCAAGCAAAGAAUCAGUCUGGGCAAUCCCUACAUUGCCCCAAGAACUCAUCACAGCAAUUCUUGUAAGACUUCCCGUGAAAUACCUCUUACAGUUCAAGUGUGUUUCGAAAAAUUGGUUUGCUUUAAUCUCUAGUCCUCAUUUUGUGAAGACCCAUCUUAGUUUUUCUGCUAAGGAUAGAUUUCUGUUGGAAAUAGACACUUACAUUCUCAAACAUUGUUCUGUUAGUUCUUUAUUUUAUGACUCUGUAACUGAGGCAUUUAACUUGGUUUAUCCCAUUAAAGGCAACAAAGGAGUUGUUGCUAGAAAGUGCCUGACACAGACAUUUCGUUGUAGUUUCACUUGUGGUUUUGGAUAUGAUGAGGUUCAUGAUGAUUAUAAGGUAGUGGCUAUUUUCCGUGAUAUCCAUGUCAAAAUUUUAAAAAGUGAUUCUUGGAGAGCACUUGAUGAUUUUCAAGGCGAGAUGGUCUACAAUAGUUUGAGCAAAGUUUUUGAAUGGGAAGCUUCACUGGGUUACUUUUGUUGA